CAUUGGUAGUUGUCAGCACGGAUUGGUUUGCCACGAGCCAACCAAAUUACCAACCCGGAUAAAUGUAAAAACAAACGAAUGGCAGUUUGGUUCCGACCGUUGCGUCCUCGGGCUGGUCGGGCUGCAAACACCGUCCGGUUCUCACCGUUGGCUCCUGGAAACAUGAUCCCUGUGGUCCACGAGCCUCGGACAACGUUAGCGGAGAUAUAGACUCUCACGGCGGGAUGGGGGUGCGAGCCUCUGUCCUCCCGUCAGUACAACGUUGCCUCGUUCAUGAUCACGAACGUUCUCAUCACAACGCAGCAUAAAGACGCACAGUACAUGUUCACUGCUUACCUGGUAACUGUUUACCUGCUAAGUGGCCUCCCGCCUCUGCUUGGUAACGUUCACCACGCGUAGUACGGAGCUAGCUAGCCCGACUAGCUCCCAGCUAAAUACCCAGUAAAGACGAGCGUGAACCCGCUGUGUGGUUCUCCUAUCGAGGGCAUAUUUCCGACGUAGCAUUUUAUAUCUUAAUGGCACACACGUUCGUUUGCGGGAUGAGUUGAAAUGGGGACAAGGCCCGACUUGAAUAUCGUUCAUGCCAAACAAUGAGCUGGCUGCAGUCACGUCAGACAGCGGUUGAAAAUACCUUGUUUUUUUCUGGACGAUCAAUAAGAGGUUGUGACAAUAACACGCUAUGGAGCAGUACACCACUGCCACCACUUCUACUGGGGAGCAGAUAGUUGUGCAGACAUCCAAUGGACAGAUCCAACAGCAGACACAGGGCACAGUGACUGCUGUGCAGCUGCAAACAGAGGCUCCAGUGGUGACGGCCUCAGGCCAGCAGGUGCAGACACUCCAGGUAGUCCAGGGACAGCCUCUGAUGGUCCAGGUGAGCGGUGGGCAGCUCAUCACAUCAUCAGGGCAACCCAUAAUGGUGCAGGCCAUGUCGGGGGGUCAGGGUCAAACCAUAAUGCAGGUCCCUGUAUCUGGAGCUCAAGGAUUACAGCAGAUCCAGCUGGUGCAGCCAGGUCAGAUCCAGCUGCAGAGCGGACAGACUCUCCAGCUCCAGGGUCAGCAUGGUCAGCCCCAGCAGAUCAUCAUCCAGCAGCCUCAGACAGCCAUCACCGCUGGACAGAACCAGGGACAGCAGAUCAGUGUCCAGGGCCAACAGGUGGCACAGACGGCUGAUGGACAGACCAUUGUCUACCAGCCGGUCAAUGCCGAUGGCACCGUCCUGCAGCAGGGAAUGAUCACAAUUCCAGCUUCUAGCUUAGCAGGUGCCCAGAUUGUACAGGCAGGCAGUACCAACACUACAAGCAACAGCCAAGGCACUGUGACCGUCACCCUGCCCGUCUCUGGUAACAUGGUCAAUGCAGGUGGAAUGGUCAUGAUGGUGCCUGGAGGUGGGUCAGUUCCCACAAUGCAGCGUAUCCCCCUGCCAGGGGCUGAGAUGCUGGAGGAGGAGCCUCUGUACGUUAACGCCAAACAGUACCACCGCAUCUUGAAGCGAAGACAGGCUCGUGCCAAGCUGGAGGCUGAGGGCAAGAUCCCCAAGGAAAGGAGGCAGAAAUACCUUCACGAAUCUCGCCACCGUCACGCGAUGCAGCGGAAGCGAGGCGAUGGAGGACGAUUCUUUUCACCUAAAGACAAGGAGGAAAUGGCUUUGGCCUUGGCACAGCAGCAGCAGGAGGUCGCCCAGGCAGCAGCAGAUGAGACCGUGGCCCAGAUGAUCCGGGUCUCAUAGCACUGUCGCCCACAUCAUCUCUUCUGUCUGUGAACUCUGCCCUGCCCGAGACUCUUCAUCCCAUCUGACCUGCUCUGCUGCACCAUCUACUCUCCCUUUUACUCUCUCCUGCCAUGGUGUCUUGCACCAAUUCACAGCGCCGCCACUGGGUUUCUUCUGUUAUCUCCCCAGCCCGACACUGGUCUUCCAGGGAGCCGGCCGUGUGGCUGCUGAGCCCGUUGACGGUUCUGGUCGUCUUCUCUGAAAUUGACGAUGCUUCCACCGUCGGCUUAUUUGGUCACGCGUUUACAACCAGCUUUUAAUUUCCAUUAGAAGUUGUUGAGACAACAAUGAUGCAUGCAGUUCUAGGUAACCUAGGCAAGUCACUCACAUCAAAUAACAGCUGAUAUCACAUCCCGGUCUUUAAAAAGAGAUUUUGUCACCAGUGAAUGCUUUAAAUAUCUUUUGUAAAUGGUAAUUUUUUCAGAAACACUCGUUAUGUAUUUGUGUCUUGUAUCUUGAUGUCCUUUAUUUUGACUUAGCAUUUUUUUUUCAACCCAUGUACUGUGGGGGCUGGGCAUAAGUCCAACCUGCAUCCACUGAGCAACAACUAAUGUGAAGAUAUUGUACAGACAUUCUUCUCUUCCCCAAUGUUUAAUCGUUGUAAUUUCUAAUUGGCCCAAUUUUGUGGAUGCAUUUUAUACAAUUUUGUUGUUAGACAUAGUGUUUGUAGGAAAACAAAGACUUGGUGUUUAAUCACAUUAUUCUAUCCAUGUAGUUGCCUCUUCAUCAGUCAGUCCACUUAAGUGUUUAGUUUUUUUCAUUGUCGAUAAUAGAUUUUUUUUUUUUACGUAUAAGAUGCUUCAAUGCAAUGUUUUUGUUUUUUAUUAUGUGAAAAGGUUGGACAUUCUUGAGACCUGGCGAUUAAAUUUUAUUAUGUCAUACAA